UCUCUCUCUCUCUCUCACCUAUCUCUUUCUCUCUCCCUCACUACUGUUUGAAGUCUAGACAGCGACGGAAACUGCUUCGAGGGAUUUUAAAUGCCACGGAAAGCGAAGUGAGACAGAUUUUCCUUAUCUUCUUCCUCUAUCUCUCUUCCUUUCUCCACAAAGAUUUGACUGCGAGCGUUUUUGUUGUUGUCUCUCUUCUUCAAAUGUUCCAAUGCGUAUCUGCUCAGCUUUUGUUCUCAGUGUUCUAAUGGUAAAAGCCUGAUUUUUUUCGAGCUUCUGCGAAAUGGGUUUUCUCUGAUUCGCCGGUGAGAGAACAGUGUGAAAUUUUGGGUGGGGGUAAGAAGAGAAAAAAGGAGAUGGAGAAGGAAGAAUUUGUCUUCCUCAAGCUCAAGAUUUAUAGCUGGUGUAGUAGCUGGAAGUGAAGAAAAAAUCGUACGGAAAAUUAGGGUUUUGCUAAUUUCAGUUUUUAGUGUUUUGAAGAAAGCAAGAUUUUGGGGGUUUCUCUACUCUCUAAAACAUGAAUCUUUCAACAUCUGGAUUUGGUCACCAGAGUCAUGAAGGAGAAAAGAAGUGUCUUAAUUCUGAGCUAUGGCAUGCUUGUGCUGGACCAUUGGUCUCUCUUCCAUCAUCUGGAAGCCGAGUUGUCUAUUUUCCACAAGGUCACAGCGAACAGGUUGCUGCUACUACUAAUAAGGAAGUUGAGGGUCACAUACCCAAUUACCCAAGUCUACCACCACAACUAAUAUGUCAGCUCCAUAAUGUUACAAUGCAUGCAGACGUGGAGACUGAUGAGGUGUAUGCCCAAAUGGUACUUCAACCAUUGACACAGGAGGAGCAGAAGGAUACGUUUGUACCGAUUGAGUUGGGAAUCCCGAGCAAGCAGCCUAGCAAUUAUUUCUGCAAGACUUUGACAGCGAGUGAUACUAGUACACAUGGAGGGUUUUCUGUUCCUAGACGUGCUGCUGAGAAAGUUUUUCCUCCAUUGGAUUACACACAGCAGCCACCAGCACAGGAGUUGAUUGCAAGGGAUCUUCAUGAUAAUGAAUGGAAGUUUAGGCAUAUCUUUCGCGGACAGCCCAAACGGCAUCUGCUUACAACUGGUUGGAGUGUUUUUGUCAGUGCCAAGCGACUUGUGACUGGAGAUUCUGUCAUUUUCAUCAGGAAUGAAAGGAAUCAACUCCUUUUGGGAAUUCGUCAUGCCAGUCGACCACAGACUAUUGUACCAUCAUCUAUGUUAUCUAGUGAUAGCAUGCAUAUUGGACUCCUCGCUGCUGCUGCUCAUGCGGCUGCAACUAAUAGCUGUUUUACAGUGUUUUAUCAUCCAAGGUCUAGCUCAUCUGAGUUUGUGCUACCACUUCCCAAGUACAUUAAGGCCGUUUUUCACACGCGUAUUUCAGUCGGGAUGCGCUUUCGUAUGCUCUUUGAGACAGAAGAGUCAAGCGUUCGAAGGUACAUGGGUACUAUAACUGGCAUUGGUGAUCUGGAUUCUGUUCGUUGGCCAAACUCUCAUUGGCGGUCGGUGAAGGUUGGUUGGGAUGAAUCGACCGCUGGAGAGAGACAGGCAAGGGCUUCUUUAUGGGAGAUUGAACCUCUUACCACUUUUCCCAUGUAUCCAUCACUGUUUCCUCUCAGGCUAAAGCGUCCUUGGCAUCCGGGCGCAUCGUCAAUGCACGAUAGCAGGGGUGACAUAGCAAGUGGCCUAACAUGGUUUAGAGGUGGAGCUGGAGAGAAUGGCAUGCUUCCCUUAAACUAUCCAUCUGCUAGUUUGUUCCCAUGGAUGCAACAGAGUCUACUAGGAACUGAUCAGAAUCAGCAGUACCAAGCAAUGUUAGCAGCCGGUUUGCAAAACAUUGGAGGUGGAGAUCCUCUAAGACAGCAGUUUGUGCAGCUCCAAGAGCCAAACCACCAAUACCUUCAACAAUCAGCUUCUCUCCACAAUUCUGAUUUGCUGCUUCAGCAACAUCACCAAGCAUCAUCACAGCAGCAACUCCCUCGCCAUCUUCUGCAAGCUCAAACUCAGAUGACUGAGAAUCUUCCUCAGCAGAACCUGCGACAAGAAGUUAGUAACCAAGUAACUGGACAACCACAGCAACCAAACCGUGUGUGGCAGCAUUCUGAUUUGCUCUCUCCUUCGUUCAUGAAAUCAGAUUUCGCAGACUUAAACAACAAAUUCACCUCAACAGCUAAUCCAGUACAACAGCAAAACUCGACCCUUCAGGGCUCUGGAGAUGGUAGCAAUCUCUUGAACUUCUCUAUAACUGGUCAGUCAUCUGUACAUUCUGAGCAAAUACCGACACAGGUUUGGUCUCUUAAACACUCUCAUCCUGAAACUAACGAAUUUUCCGAGCCGUUGUCUCUUCGACAAGCCUAUGGUGGAACAAGUCCUUCUCUGGAACCUCCAAAUACACAAAACCUCUCUCUCUUUGGUGUUGAUUCGGACUCUGGACUUUUCCUCCCAACCACGGUUCCUCAUUUUGGUACUUUGUCAGCAGAUGCUGAUACCUCCUCAAUGCCACUAACAGAUUCUGGAUUCCAGAAUUCGUUAUAUGGAUCCAUGCAAGACACUACCGAGUUAUUGCAUGGAGCUGGACAGACAAAGAACUUUGUUAAGGUUUAUAAAUCUGGUUCAGUGGGGCGUUCACUCGACAUAUCUCGGUUUAGCAGCUAUCAUGAGCUGAGAGAAGAGUUGGGUAAGAUGUUUGAUAUCAAAGGGUUGUUGGAAGACGCCUUUAGAUCAGGCUGGCAGCUUGUAUUCGUGGACAAGGAGGAUGAUGUACUUCUUCUCGGCGAUGAUCCUUGGGAGUCAUUUGUGAAUAGCGUGUGGUACAUAAAGAUUCUGUCGCCGGAAGAUGUGCAGAAAAUGGGAGAACAUGGUGAAGGAGGCAGCAACGGUUCCUACCCACAGAACCUGACCCAUUUCUAGAACAAUUAUAUCCAUCUCUUAUCAUCCUCUCGACUGUUUCUAUUUACUUGUCUCGUUUGGACGUUUAUAUGUAUGUUAUCCAUUUCGCAAGAACUUCUAGGGCAUUGUCCUCAGACAUAAGAUCCUGUAUUAGGUAAUGUUAACUCAGGUUGUUAAUCGUUAUAACUCUUCCUUA